AUGGCGGGUUCAAAGCUGUUCUUUUUGAGUGCCAUCUCUGCUCUGACAUCUGUCGUUGCGGCAGCUACCACUGAAAAGGUUGUCUACUGUAACGAAACCUUAGCUGCCUGUCCUGAAGACAAACCAUGCUGCUCGCAGUAUGGUGUAUGUGGUUCUGGGUCGUACUGCUUGGGAGGUUGUAACCCCAGAUAUUCGCACAACAUUACUGCAUGUAUGCCAAUGCCUGUAUGCAAAGACUUUCAAACCGUUUUUAGCAACUACAGUGGGGAUUUACAAUCUCAAUACACGUACCUGGGCGAUGCUGAGAAGCAUGACUGGAUCUACGAAGGAUACACCAUGGAUUACGACAAAGAGGAUGCUCUAGUUCUUGCGAUGCCUAAGAACUCUGGUGGUACUGUGUUGUCUUCAACUAGAUACGUCUGGUACGGUAAAGUCGGCGCGAGACUUAAAACCUCUCACGACGCUGGUGUCGUCACUGCUUUCAUUAUGUUUUCUUCGGUCCAGGACGAAAUCGACUACGAAUAUGUCGGAAACAAUUUAACUCAAGUUCAAACCAAUUACUAUUUUGAAGGUGUCCAAAACUGGACUCAUUCCACCAAUGUCAGUACCACUGAUACCUUCGACAAUUAUCACCUGUAUGAAGUUGACUGGCAUGAGGAUCACAUCGACUGGCUGAUAGACGGCGAGGUUAGCAGAACUCUAUUAAAGAAUUCUACUUUCAACGCUACUUCUGGUGAAUACAUGUUCCCACAGACUCCUGCACGUAUCCAGAUCUCUAUAUGGCCUGGUGGUAAUGCCACCAACCCCGUGGGCACUAGGAGCUGGGCUGGUGGUGAAAUUAACUGGGACUCUUCAGAUAUCCAGGACUAUGGCUACUACUACGCUCUCUUACAAGGCGUCAACGUGACUUGUUACGAUCCCCCUGCCGGAACUGUUAAGAAUGGUUCUGUUUCUUACGAGUACAUUAGCUCAGAGAACUUUACCCAAAACUACGUUGCCAUCACAAACGGCACUACUGUCAUGGGCUCAGCUGACGAUACCGGGUAUAACCCUGAGGACGGCAAGUCUUCAUCGAGCUCAUCGAGCUCAUCGAGCUCAUCGCCCGCUGCUUCGAAGUCUACUCAGAAGGGCUCUUCUUCUACGGAUAAGUCUUCAAGCACUGAAUCAGGUCUCAAAGUCGCCACUGGAUCUAGCUCUGUUUCCUCAGCCAAACAGUCUGGAUUCGUGCAAAACAUUAACAGUGCGUCCAGCUCUGCUACCGGCAAGAGCUCUGCCACGAGCACUGGUAGCUCUGCUACAAGCACUGGUGGUGCUGCCGGUUUGUCAUACGCUCCAAUUAGCAACAAUGGCCUAAUGCAUAUUGCCAUGGGCUUGUUCGGAGCAGCAUUUGCUUUCUUGUACUAA